CUAUCAUUAUUUGAAAAUGAAAAGUCAAAAGUUCAAAACCACAAGAUCAAAAUUUGGAUCAAAACAGUGACAUCGUGAAAUAAAAUAUUUCUUUUCUUCUGUAUAAGUUCUGUGCUUUAAGUAAAUAUCUGCGAUUUACUUCAUCAAAUGAAUGGAUAGUGCUGAUUUAUAGGAAAAAAAAAAACUAAGAUUUAUGCAUUAUUCCUUUUUAUUUUUGUAAUAAUUAAUUGCAACAUCAGUCUAAUUAAACAAAAUGAUUGAGAUUUUGAAUGGAUUCCUCCUUAUUUACUUUUUAAUUUUAUGUACACUGAGUGCAUUAGUUCCCAUUCUAGUCAAACCGAUUGUAGCCUGCUUCUCUCGACCGUCUUAUGAAGAACGCAAGCUUUGGGAUGAAAUAUUAACACUAAAGAGUGAACAAAAACAAAUUUCUAUGAAGGAUGAGUUUGCUGCAUAUUCCAAAUUACAAAGAAAGAUAAACAAGCUAGAAAGUGAACUGAAAGAAAAUUCACAGACGAGACUCAGCAAGAGCGUAGCAGUCAAAGGAACAGUUCAUAUUAUCCUGCAAGCUGUGAUUGCUUUUAUUGUUAUAAUUUCAGUGAUAUGUUUCCGACGUGAGCCGAUAGUAGCUUUACAUGCAAAUCUGUUUCCAUUUUCUACAAUAUUGAAAUAUCCAAGCGAGACCCCAAAUGCCAUCUCAACUCACAUGUGGGUGAUUAUGUCCAAUAUAUCAAUAAGGACAUUGUUGAAACCUAUUGUGCCUUAAUUUAUUGUAAUUAUUAAAGUGUAACUAUUUCGA